AUGCUGCUGGGGGACCGCGCAAGUCGUGGGUACUUCGGCAAGACCGCCAAGGAACAAUUUUACGCGCAGUACAAGCAGCUUUACUCGCGGCCAUACUUGUUCAUGGACAGCAAAGUGGCUGGUAGGGCAAAAGGUGCCGCUCCUGUCAUCGAAGUGUCGUCGCUACCAGAGCUCGAAGACUCAGACGACGAAGGCACUAAUACAAUCAUCCCCGUGUACCCGUCCUCAAGCGAGAUGAAGAAGGUGAACGACGAGUUGAAUCCGUCUCGACUCGUAUCCAGAGUCUCGUCAUCGAUCCUCAGCGCCGACCGCCCGGAGCUGCCACUACGAGACAAGUUGUCUCCUCGAGCGCACUUCCUGGCCUCGUGCUCAGCGAAGUCUCAAGUCGUGGUUCCCUUCCUCAUCCGCAACAGGAACACUACCGUCUUUGACUUCUCCUUCCAGUCGCUCGGAGACGCAGCGAUCUCGGCCUUUGCCAAAUGUCUGGUACACGAUCUGCCCUGUGUGGAAGAGAUCAGCGUCCGUGACAACCGCCUCAGUGACGAUGGACUGAACGAACUCCUCCAAGCUGUGAGUGACGGUGGAUCAAGCCUAAAUCUCCGUCGACUUGACAUCUCGCAGAACCAAAUAGGCCCCAAGAGUGCUCAAACACUGCGUGAAUACCUCGUAUCAUCGAGCUGUACUCUGGAGAUGCUGCACGUGGACAACGCCGACAUCGACGAUCACGAGUGUGCCGCCUUUAUGACGGCGUUUGAGAAGAACCAGUCGAUCUCGCGGCUCUGGAUGAGCAGGAACUGCAUCGGUAAGGCCGAGAACCUCAAUGUUGUUCAGCCAAACUUCACCACAGGCGGCGAGGCCAUCGCCAACAUGCUGCAUAUGAACCCUGUGCUCGUGCAUCUCGAUCUGUCGUGGAACUAUCUGCGUCUGGAGAGCAGCAUAGCGCUUGCGAACUCCAUUCGUGACAACGGUACACUCGUGGAGCUCAAACUCGCCUACAACGCGUGUGCAGACGCCGGUGCCAUGAUGUUUGGAGAGGCUUUACGCUUCAACAAGAGCCUGCAGAUGCUGGACUUGUCCUACAACAGCAUUGGCGUGAAAGGCGCCAUGGUGCUCGCCAACGCCAUCCGGUCGAACCGCACGCUGCGAACUCUCCAGCUUAACGGCAACAGCAUCGGAAGAGAAGGCGGACAACUGCUAAUGGCAGCGCUCUGUGGGAAUCGAACCGAGGUCGGCUGCUCCAUUGAGCUGCACGCCUGCAACCUCGGAGCGAACAUCCUCCCAAUCGGAGCAUCGGCUCCUUCUGCAGUCACAACUCGACCAAAAUCCGCGUCACUAACCGAUCCACGUGGUCUCGCUCCACAGUCGAAUACUGGUGGCGAGUUCAAUGUCCAAGACUUGCCGGUGUUCGACGCCAAGUCGAGCCGAAUCUUCAAUCCGAGAGAGCCUGCAGGCAGGUACUCGCUUAACCUGGUGGAGCCUUACGACAAAAUGAUCGCCAUGGAGCUCGUUCGUCUUGCAACAACGAGGAAAGGAUGUCGUUUCUUGCGUAUUGAAUACAAGUCUCUGACGUCGGUAAAGAAACCGAUCACCCUUAUCAAGAAGGAGAACCUCGUCGUGGAGCAGCAUAAAGGAGCAGGAGGGACGCACCGCAGUACCGAGAACAGCGAAGAGGAAACCACACUAGAGACAAGAGGGUUAGACGUUCUCUUCGCCAACGUCGACCGCGACAAGUCCGGAUACAUCGACCAAGACGAGCUCGAGGCGGUUCUAAACCAACUCGGACUGUACCCUCAAAUGGAAAGCUUGACGUCCAUGCUGCAGAAGUUCGACUACAACAAGUCGGGCUUCAUCGAGGAGGGCGAGUUCUGCGCCUUCUUCUUCCACGCCGUCUUCCAGAUGAUCGACGAGGAUUCUUCAGGCAAAAUCGACGCCGACGAGGUCGAGGAGGCCUUCAAGAUGCUGGGCAUCCACAACUACGACGAGAAGGAGAUCGCCAACGCCAUUUCGACCUACGACAUCAGCGGAGACGGCGAGAUGGAGGAGUUCGAGUUCGUCGAGUUCAUGAAAGACCGACUGCUGGACCGGAUCAAGAGCAAACUGCUUGGCCAUGACUUGAGCGACGACGAUGUGAACCUCGAAAAGGUCCCGCUCGUCUCGCUGUUGGACGCAGCGACGCAGAAGCCCUGGGUUAUCCCUGAAGACGGCCAGCUGGAGAUCGACUUCCUCUACGACCGUGAGGCGUUCGCUACGAGUGACGAAGCCUUCCGCCAGGGCAAAAUCUCCCGAGUUGGGCUCGAGCUCCUGAUCCGAAACAUCACUCAAGUCGCCACGUCCAAGGCGGAGCAAGACGAUCUCUUCCACGUGGCCAUGUACGACUCGGAGAUCCGCCUCACAGCAGUCCAGGCUUACCAGCUCCUGGACGCGUGCCACUACCUCAAGCCCGAGAGCAAGAAGAUCGAGACGAUUGCACUCAUGCUGCCGCAAAUGCUGACGGCCAAGGAGGCGCAGAUCCUCGUAGGACGGACGCUGACGCUCAUGCAGCGGUGUCGACUCAAAGCUCGGAUGGGCAGCGCGUACUCCGUCGUGCUGGGGAACCCGACGGCGCACUACUCGUUCGAUCUGGCCAAGCACAAGGACCGCAUCGCUCUGAACAAACUGGCCGAGGUCGCGCAGAGCGAGAAGCUCUUCUCCAAGCUGCGAUCGGGCCGCGCCGACACGUCCCAGCACGGCAACUGGGAGAACUUCCGCAACGAAGAGCUGGACGGCCACAGCAUCGUGCUCACCAACACCUUCUUCCACGCGCUGCCUCGUCGAGGCAAGCUCUGCUUCGACUACGUGAGCACCACGCGCCCCAAGCGCGGCACCACGCAGAUCAGCGACCGGCGCUUCGACCAGCUCAUCGACAUGCUCCAAAUGGACGUCGUGCUGCCCGACGCCCUGGGCGCGCUUGGACCCACGCGCUCUCAACGCGAACGCGGCCAGCGCCAGCCCAAGCCUUUGCAAAACAAAGCCCAAGCUGACGAUAGUACUGAGGACAAUGAAGAGGUCGCGCCACUGCGCGGAGCUCUAGCUGCGCGCAUGAAGCGCGCGGCGUCCCAGGAGCAGUCCGAGUUCUGGAACAAGACGCGCGCGUCGGUGCUCAAGCGCGGCUGGGACUUUGUCGUGAACCACGCGUACACGUUCCGCCUCACGGGCGCCACUAAGGAGAACGUGGGGCUCAAGAUGGUGCAGAUCGAGUCGGCCAUUUGCGACCGGUGGCUCUCGUGCGAGCAGGCCUCCAAGAUCAUCGCGUGCAUGCCUGCCGCCUUCCACGCGCGGCCGGAGACGGCGCGCAUCCUGUUCUCGCGGCUCAUCGACCUGCACAACUUCUACCGCAUCUACGACGCCAUGUCCAGGCAGGAGCAGCACGUGUGCGCGAGCAUGCUGGGCUGGCUCAACAUCAUGAACCCCAUGGCGCCCGAGCGCUUCUACGCGUUGAACUUGUCCGUCUACGACGAGCGCGAGAUGACCAAGGUGCUAGUGGACCUGGCCAUCGGCGAACCGGGCGAGAACUGGCUCAACCAGAGCUUCACGAUGGUGCAGGGCGAGCCGGGCAUCCCCGGCUGGAAGCUGCCCGCGCGCUGGGAGAAGGAGGACAACAAGGAGGGCGGCGUCAACCGCGCGGGCUUCCUCGAGCUCGAGUACUAUUCGGGCCAGGACCGGGGCUGCGCGCCGGUGCUCUCGCUGCGCAAGACGCUCAUGAAGCGCGUGCUCUGCGGCACCCGGCAGUACUGUCUGUAG